CAGUCAGAAAAAAUCAUAACAUCCUCGAUCCUGAACACACAGGUAUCGACCAACCAUCUACCCAUGUCUGGCUUCAACCUACAAACCGCCGCAAGGCCCAACAUCCUCUCUCUCCACCCAUACGUCUGCGCCCGCGACAUCUACCCAGCAACAGCUGGCACAAUCCUCCUCGACGCCAAUGAGAACGCCCACGGUCCCUCCAUCCCCGGCGCAGCAACUCCCUCCGUCGUCGCGAACGGUGACUCUAGCAACGGCGUAAUCUCCUCCGCCGAACACCUCGCCGAACUCCACCGCUACCCAGAUCCCCACCAAGGCGCCGUCAAGGACUUAUGGUGCAACCUCCGUAACGCCCCCAAUGCCCAAACACCCGGCUACAAGCCUCUCAAACCCGAAAACAUGUUCCUCGGUGUCGGAUCUGACGAGGCAAUCGAUAUCCUAAUGCGUGUCUUCUGCGCGCCCGGAAGAGAGAAGAUCCUGAUCUGCCCCCCAACAUACGGAAUGUACUCUGUCUCCGCCGACGUAAACGACCUCGGCAUCGUCCGCGUCGACCUCGACACCACCGACGGAAAGUUCGCACUCCGCCCUGACGCAGUCUGUGAGGCACUAUCCGCCGACCCAUCAAUCAAGAUCGUAUACCUCUGCACACCCGGAAACCCCACCGCCGCCGACCUCGACUCCGACGCGAUCAAGCAAAUCCUCGCUCACCCAACCUACAACGGCGUCGUCGUCCUCGACGAGGCUUACAUCGAUUUCGCACCGGAGGGUAGAUCACGCGCUCACUGGGCAAACGAAUACCCCAAUGUCGUCGUCAUGCAAACCCUUUCCAAGGCAUUCGGAUUGGCCGGUAUCCGUCUCGGAGCAGCAUUCACCUCCCCACCCAUCGCUUCCCUCAUGAACUGCAUGAAGGCUCCUUACAACAUUUCCUCCCCCACCUCCGCAUUGGCAAUGCAAGCCCUCUCCCCCGAAGGCCUCGCAAUCAUGCGCAAGCACGUCGCGGAUCUCAACGCCCAACGCGAUUACCUCGCCUCCAAGGGCUUCCCCUCCAUCCCCGGCGUCGGCCGUAUCAUCGGUGGUCGGGACGCAAACUUCCUCCUUGUCGAAGUCCUCGACAAGCCUGGAGGCAAGCCCAAUAACGAGGUUGCUGUCCAGGUGUACGAGGAGCUUGCUGGAAACAGAAACGUCGUUUUGCGAUUCAGAGGAAAGGAGUUGGGAUGUGAGGGAUGUAUUCGCGUUUCUAUCGGAACCAAAGAGGAGAACGAGAUCUUGCUCAAGAAGUUCGCCGAGGUGCUCAAGAUUUUCCAAAAGGCAUAGUAAGCUAUAGCUAUAGAGAAUAAAUACUCACUACACAUAUCAUAUAUGUCAAAUCUAGAUCUUUCCCACGCCAAGUUUAUCCUGCAACGUCCUGACUCUCAAUUCAAGUGCCCUCCUCUCCUCCCUCUCCUUCCCAAGGUCAGCACGAUGCACCUCCCUCAUCUCCCUCACCAUGUUUCUGAACUCCAAUCUCAGGGUAGAGGUACUAACCCCCUCCCUCAACUCCCUUGAAUCACCACCACUCAACCCACUCCCCGCACUCGACGGGGUUUGCGGUCUCCGUCCAAGCAACGCGACCUUCGCAUCCGCAAGUUGAGCAGAGAGUGUGUCGACCUGUUUAUGCAGCCCAUCGAUCGUCUUGUCAAGCUGUGCCCGCUCA